CACCCAACAGCCCAUCCACACCCACACAAGUUAAGCUCGAUAAGUAGCCAGCCAGCGCACCGCACCCUUUCUCUCUCUCUAAAUAAACCAAUUUUCCUCCGAUUUCCCUCAGCUUUUCCUCCGUCCCUCCUUGCAUUCUUUAUUUUUUAAUUAUACAUAUUUUUAAUUUUUUAAUUUUUUAAUAUAAUAUCCUUUUCUUUUCCUAAUACACUCCUAUCUCUGCAGCGCUUAGAGAGAGAAAGAGAGAGAAAACUGCAGCAACCCAACCAAACCAAGAGAGAAACUUCUCUCUAGAGAUUUCAGAUCUCUGUUCAUCAUCUUCUUCUAUUUUUUCUGACAGAAUUGACCCGCUCUUGCACUUGCUUUGCAUCCAUGCGGCGUCGUUUCAAUCCCUUUUUGCCUGAUUCUAGCCUCAGAAUUAGGGUUUCUGGCGCUUAAUUUCGGUCAAAUUGAAAUCAAUUUUGAUUUUGAUUUAGUGAAGAUGAUAAUUAAGAGGAACUUGAAAUCUCAAAUGCCGAGUUUAAGAAGGUGCAACAGACUCGGCGACAACGCAGCUUGCGAGGAGGAGGACAACUCUGCUUCAACUCGGAGGAAGAAACGUAAGCUUACGAGCAAUAACCAUCACAGCAAUUGUGGCGUUACCGGUGGUUAUUACCCUAUCAAUCUUCUCCCUGAGGUCGCCGCUGGUGUGAUUCCGGUGAGUUUGAAGUCGUCGAGGGGAUUCGCUGCUUCUUUGUGCACGGAAGUAUCUUGCUCCCCGCCUGAAUCCAACGGUCGAGAUUCAAUGACGAGGAGAGCAGCUAAUGGUAAUGGCGGUAGCAGUAAUAAUACUAUUGGUAAUGAUAAUGGUAAUCGGACGGUGGAGGUUUCUCGGCCACCGCUAGUGCGGACGUCGAGAGGGAGAGUUCAGGUAUUGCCUUCAAGGUUUAAUGAUUCAGUUAUUGAUAAUUGGAGAAAAGAAAGUAAGACUAAUUCGCGUGAUUAUAGCUUUGAUGAUAAUGAUAAUGAUAAAGAUGACGAUGACUAUGUUGUUGAUGAUGAUGAUGAUGAUGUUGAUUAUGAUGUUCAGCUUAAGAGUAGUAGAAAGGUUAAAGAGAAAGAGAGAACGGGUUUGAGAUUGCGUAGAAUGGGUGGUAAUGUGAAGAAACAAAGCAGGCAUUGUGGUGGCAAGUAUGUUGAUACGUGUGAGGAGGAGGAGGAGGAGGUGAGGUUUAAGGGUGGUUUUGAUACGAAGAAGUAUUAUUCGAGUUGUUCGCGAAGUACGCUUACUACAGUGCAUGAGAAUUUGGUGGUGGUGGUGGAUGAUAAUGAGUGUGGUGGGGUUUUGGAUUUGAGUAGUGGGGAGAGGAAAGAGGAUGGAUUGUUUGGGCCGGAAGAUUUUUAUUCAGGUGAUUUAGUGUGGGCAAAGUCGGGAAUGAAAUAUCCAUUUUGGCCCGCUAUUGUUAUUGAUCCAAUGACACAAGCACCCGAGUUGGUUUUGAGGUCUUGUAUUGCCGAUGCAGCCUGUGUGAUGUUUUUUGGUUGCUCUGGGAAUGAUGGGGAUCAGAGGCAGGACUAUGCUUGGGUUCAAAGAGGGAUGAUCUUUCCAUUUUUGGAUUUUGUUGACAGGUUCCAGGAGCAGUCUGAAUUGGAUGACUGCAAGCCUGGUGAUUUCCAGAUGGCGGUUGAGGAGGCAUUUCUCGCCGAACAGGGGUUCACUGAGAAGUUGAUGCAGGAUAUAAACACAGCAGCUGGGAAUCCAAUUUUUGAUGAAUCUGUUUAUAGGUGGCUUCAGGAGGCUACUGGCUCAAACCAGGAUCUGGACUUUCAUUCUCCAAACCAGGACAUGAUUUGGAAGAAUAAUGACACGCGCCCCUGUGAAGGCUGUGGCACAAGCCUUCCUUUAAAACCUGCAAAGAAAAUAAAGGGCACAUCCCCUGGAGGCCAGCUCUUAUGUAAAACAUGUGCAAGGCUAACCAAAUCAAAACAUUUUUGUGGUAUAUGCAAGAAGGUUUGGAAUCAUUCAGAUAGUGGGAGCUGGGUGCGUUGUGAUGGUUGUAAAGUUUGGGUCCAUGCAGAGUGUGACAAGAUUUCCAGCAAUCGUUUCAAGGAUCUGGGGGGCACAGAUUACUACUGCCCUGCAUGCAAGGCAAAAUUUAAUUUUGAAUUGUCAGAUUCAGAAAAAUCACAGCUGAAAUGCAAAUCAAACCGAAGUAAUGGUCAACCAGCACUACCUAAUAAGGUUACUGUUAUCUGCUCAGGAGUGGAAGGCAUAUAUUUCCCUAGUCUGCACAUGGUUGUCUGCAAAUGUGAGUUCUGUGGUUCAGAAAAGCAAGCCCUUAGUGAAUGGGAACGACACACAGGCUCCAAAAUUAAGAAUUGGAGGACCAGUAUUAGGGUGAAAGAUUCCAUGCUACCGCUAGAACAAUGGAUGAUGCAGAUAGCAGAUUAUCAUGCACGUGCUGUUUCUACUAAACCACCCAAGCGACCUUUGAUUAAAGAGCGAAAGCAGAAGCUGCUUGCUUUCUUGCAAGAGAGAUAUGAGCCUGUUUAUGCGAAGUGGACAACAGAACGUUGUGCUGUAUGUAGAUGGGUAGAAGAUUGGGACUACAACAAGAUUAUUAUCUGUAACAGAUGUCAGAUAGCUGUUCAUCAAGAAUGUUAUGGAGCAAGAAACGUGCAGGAUUUCACUUCAUGGGUUUGCAAAGCAUGUGAAACACCAGACAUUAAGAGGGAGUGUUGCCUUUGUCCUGUUAAAGGUGGUGCUCUAAAGCCAACUGAUGUUGAGACAUUAUGGGUUCAUGUUACAUGUGCAUGGUUUCGACCUGAAGUUUCGUUUGCAAGUGAUGAAAAGAUGGAACCUGCUCUUGGGAUUUUAAGCAUCCCAUCAAAUUCUUUUGUAAAGAUUUGUGUUAUUUGUAAACAAAUUCAUGGCUCGUGUACUCAAUGUUGCAAGUGUUCCACUUAUUACCAUGCAAUGUGUGCUUCAAGGGCAGGGUAUCGCAUGGAGUUGCACUGCUUGGAGAAAAAUGGGAGACAGACAACAAAAAUGAUUUCAUAUUGUGCAUAUCACAGGGCUCCAAAUCUGGACACAGUAUUGAUUAUACAGACUCCUGUAGGAGUGUUUUCUGCCAAAAACCUUGUUCAAAAUAAGAAAAGGGCUGGUACGAGGUUAAUUUCAUCUAAUAGAACAAAACUUGAAGAGGUGUCAACCGAAGAAGCGACUGAAUCUGAGUCCCUCUCUGCUGCGAGGUGUCGGGUCUUCAAAAGAGUGAACAACAACAAGAAGCGAACAGAAGAAGAAGCCAUUUCCCAUCGAUUGACAAGACCUUGUCAUCAUCCUUUGGGAGAGAUACAAAGUUUGAAUGCAUUUAGGGUGGUAGAGGAGCCUAAAAGUUUUUCUUCUUUCAGAGAAAGGCUUUACUACUUACAGAAAACUGAGAAUGACCGAGUUUGCUUCGGGAGGUCUGGAAUACAUGGAUGGGGCCUCUUUGCACGAAGAAACAUUCAAGAAGGAGAAAUGGUUCUUGAAUAUCGUGGUGAACAAGUGAGAGGCAGUAUUGCAGAUCUUAGGGAGGCACGCUACCGAUUAGAAGGCAAAGACUGCUAUCUUUUCAAGAUAAGUGAAGAGGUAGUGGUAGAUGCCACUGAUAAAGGAAACAUAGCACGCUUGAUAAACCAUUCUUGUAUGCCCAAUUGCUAUGCAAGGAUCAUGAGUGUGGGUGAUAAUGAAAGUCGUAUUGUCCUCAUUGCGAAGACAAAUGUAUCUGCCGGUGACGAGCUAACGUAUGAUUAUUUGUUUGAUCCUAACGAGCCUGAUGAAUUCAAAGUUCCGUGUUUAUGUAAAGCUCCAAAUUGCAGGAAGUACAUGAAUUAGGAUACAAACACAUCAGCCAUUGUUACUCCGCAAGGAGCACUAACCCAAUCCCAUGCCGGCGGGAUCUUACAGUCAUACUGAAUUUGUAAUUUUUUUUAUGCAAAAGGAAAAAUUUAAUUUUUUGUUUUUUGUUUUUGGCAUACUCUGAGCUUUAAUAAAAGUUAUAGGUUUGCCUGCUGUUUUAGUUCUCAGGCAUUGUGUAAAUUUACUGACACAAUUCCUUAUAGUUAAAAGCUAAUCAAUUGUAUGAUUAACUGAGUUUGUUAAUCGGAAAGCUUUGCACCCUAA